CACCCCGCUCCCUCUUCCUCUUCCACCAUUAUAUUAUCGUCUUCUUCUUCUUCUUCAAAACUACUUUCUCUCAUUAACUUUCUUUCCAAUUCAAUUUCUGACUGCUGUUCUUUAUACAGAGCUCUGAAAUAUCUGUAGAAAGUGAGGUAAUAUCCAUGGAAGUUGCCCGGAAAAUGGCAACCAUGCACGGCGAGGAGCGGGAAAAGCCCGACCUGAACUUGGAGGCGACGGAGCUCCGGCUGGGGCUGCCGGGAGGGAGUGAAGGAAGUGAGGUGGUGAGGAAGAGAGGGUUUUCGGAAACUGUGGAUUUGAAGCUCAAUCUGUCCGGGAAAGAAGCGGGUGUUGAUGAUAACAAAGUGAAGAGUCUGCAGAAGGAGAAGAGCAAGAGCCUUCUUCCUUGUGGUAAUGAUCCAGCCAGACCUCCGGCCAAGGCACAGGUUGUGGGGUGGCCACCGGUCCGGUCCUUCCGGAAGAACAUGUUGGCCGGGCAGAAGGGCGGCAGCGAGGAGGGGGAGAAGGUGAGCUGCAACGCAGCCUUUGUGAAGGUUAGCAUGGACGGAGCGCCGUAUCUGCGUAAGGUUGACUUGAAGAUAUACACUAGUUAUCAGGAGCUGUCCAAUGCCUUGGGCAACAUGUUCAGCUCCUUCACUAUUGGGAAUUAUGGAUCACAAGGCAUGAAGGAUUUCAUGAAUGAGAGCAAGUUGAUGGAUCUUUUGAAUGGUUUUGAUCAUGUUCCAACAUACGAAGACAAAGAUGGGGAUUGGAUGCUCGUUGGAGAUGUCCCAUGGGAGAUGUUUGUGGAUUCAUGCAAACGUUUGCGCAUAAUGAAAGGAAAAGAGGCGAUAGGGCUCGCACCUAGAGCCAUGGAGAAAUGCAAGAAUAGGAGCUAAGGCAGUGGCCACCACAGCCUGCUCCUUUGAUCUUCAACGACCGAAAGGGCCAAGAUGGAUUGAGCAGGAUGUUUGGGGGUGUUUAAUAUUAUUAAUUGUGGUUUGAUCAUAUAAAACUUGUGAGAUAUUUGAGUAUUAAUUAUGGACAGGACUAAGAAAAAAACCAAAAAAAAAAAAAAAAAAACUAUUUCUAUUUUGUGUUGCAAGACUGGGGUCUCUAUGCCUUUGUUUAAUUAGCAUUAUGGCUUGCUUAAUGACAAUUAUAAUAAUGUCCCAUUUUGUUGAAUCUA